AUGUUGUCCAGGCCAUCCACAUCAAGCGCCGGCAGCUCGCAUGCGAGGUACCUGCUGCGGGCUUCUCGCCCUGCUGGAGCGCGACAGUCCCGCGGAGCUGCGGGCUUGAUGGCGCGACAGCAACCAGAUCUUCAACACUCACGAUCUACCUCGAUUGCUACCAAUUCACGACCAUGCAGGACACAUGUUUCGAGGGCCAUGGUGCUGCCAUGGGCCUCUACACAGCGACACUCUUCCACCGCAGCGUCCGCAGAACCCCCGGCACCCGACUCCGCAGAACCCAGCACGAUCGACCAGAUCAACGUACUCAUCGAGCGCAUCAGUGAAAAUGAGGAAAGGAUGGUGCAAACAAUGGAUGAAAUAGAUUUUUUGGCGGAAUCGGAUGGCGCUGACGACCUGCUGGCCGAGUUCAUGAGCAACCGGGACCUUCACACGACGGAAUCCUGGGUGAAUCUGGUUCGACAGCAAUUCGGAGACACCAUUCCAGAAGGAGUUCUAGACGCAGGAGAGAUUAAGCUUUAUACCAGCCUCUACGGAGAACCGAUCGUUCAAGAAUUUCUCGAGGAAGCGUUCGCAGAGGAAGACGAGGGGGAAUCUGAUCAGCUGUUCCGCGAGGAUGGAGAGGGCAACUGGGAGGAGGUCGAAUACAAGGGAAAUGCAGAAUAUGAGGACGAUGUGCCCGUUGUCUAUGAUAUGGAGGUUGGAGAACAGGAACAGGAGACAAUUGCCAUGCAGCGGACACGAGAAGUGGCCGAGCAGCUUGGUGGCGAAAUCAUGCUUGAGCAGUUUGAGAAUGAGGCCGUUCCAGACUCUACUCCGAGAGCUCACCCUUUGACCCAGAUGGGCAAAGCCCAAACGGAUCCCUCUACCAUUUAUCCACCAAAAGACUCUCUUACUGGUCCCAUCUCCGUCAUUUUGUCGGAGGUCUCCAACAGGCAUGUCGCUGAAACUGCUCAUCGUUUGUUCGGUGGGCCAGGCUUGCCUCAUUCCACCACAACUGCACCUCCACGCGCACAGCUGCCUCAGCUUCCAAUUCCAAUCCAUGCAUCUCAACAUUACAUGGCCAAUAUGGAGGCCAAUGCCUACCUCGCGGUCCUCUACCCGGGCAUUUAUGCGUCGGCACUCAGUGUUCUUGUUGAAGUAAGGAAGCGCCUCGGGACAGACUGGCUUCGCAACCUUAUCAGUCAAGAAGGCGGUCCGAAUGUCCUUGAUGCUAGUGGUGGUGGUGCUGGCAUAUUGGCCUGGAGAGAUGUCGUCCGCGCGGAAUAUGAGACCAUGGUUCCCGACCACCCCAGGGGACAGCCGAUUCCCUAUGGCCGAUCGACAGUUUUGACAGGCUCCGACGCGCUCCGUCUCCGCGCAAGUGCACUCCUCGAGAACACAACUUUCCUUCCUCGGUUACCGGACUACCUCCACGUACGUGAGAAGCCGACCAUAGAUGACUCGCGUGAGGCUCCCAAGCGCAAGCAGUUCGAUGUGAUAAUCGCGCCUCACGCUCUCCUCGGCUUCGAAGAAGAAUAUGAACGUAAGGAGUAUGUGGAGAAGCUAUGGGCUCUCCUCAACCCCCAGGGAGGUAUUCUUAUUCUCCUGGAGAAGGGACGUCAAAAAGGCUUCGAGGCCAUUGCCAGUGCCCGAGAAAUGCUGCUCAAGCGCCAUAUUUCCAGUCCUGGCUCAACAGAAUAUAACAACUUCCUCGAGAACCCCGACGAGAAUGGACCAGUGACUAAGGGAGCCGGUAUGAUCAUUGCGCCUUGCACUAAUCACUCCACCUGCCCCAUGCACAAUCCUGCAGGCCCUUCAAAGGGCCGCAAGGACUACUGCCACUUUGAGCAGCGGUACAUCCGACCUCCAUUCCUACAGCGCAUCAUGGGAGCCAAGGACCGCAACCACGAAGACAUCAAGUUCAGCUACCUUGCUGUGCAGCGUGGUGUAGAUAUGCGACAGGAACUUGGCAUCCAACAGGAUGCCGAAGUUACAGACGCCGCUUUUGAAGGGUAUGAGGAUGCCGAGGAUCUGUCUAAGAUUCACGCGCUUUCUCUUCCCCGUGCGGUCUACCCUCCCCUUAAACGCCGCGGUCAUGUCAUUUUCGAUCUCUGUACCCCGGCUGGCAAGAUAGAACGCUGGACUGUCCCGCGUUCUUACAGUCGACAGGCUUACCGCGACGCUCGCAAGUCCAGCUGGGGUGACCUCUGGGCACUAGGUGCCAAGACCCGUAUCCCGCGCAAUCUGAACUUGGGUGACAAGCAUGGCGAAGGCAAGAAAGAACGUCUCGCUCGACGGGCUGCAACCAAGGCAGCUCGCGAGGAGGAGGAAAUAGAGGAGCACGAGCGCGACGAGGAAGAUGAUGAAGAUGAUGAACUCGACGAAGCGCGAAGCCGCUCGGACCUGCCUGAGCCGACUCCGCGGAAGAAAGGCGAGACUAUCCCUAGCUGGAAAAAACACAAUGACAAGAAGAAGAUGAGACAGGCGUUGAAGAGACAGCUUAAUGCUGAGAAUACUCACUAA